CUGAAAUCGUCUAUAAAUAUGCCAUCAACCUUUCAAUCUGAUUCUAUUUUCCUGGAACCCUUUUCCCCAAUUCCAACAAACAAUCCCUUUCUGUCUCUCCGAAUUUUCUCUCUCUCUUUUGCUUCAAUCGAUCAACAAUGGCGGACUACUACUUGUGCGGCGACUGCAAGAGACAAACCGAAGUAGUCUACGAUCACACCUCCGGCGAUACCGUCUGCUCCGAAUGCGGCCUCGUCUUGGAGUCUCACUCCAUCGACGAAACCUCCGAAUGGCGGACCUUCUCCGAUUCCGGCAACAAUGCGGACCCUAACCGUGUCGGCGGCCCUACAAAUCCUCUCCUCGGCGACAUGGCUCUCACCACCGUCAUCUCCGAUACCAACGGUACCUUCCGUAAAUCCACCGCCGCUUCCGUAGACAAGAAGUCGAACCGCCUCCAAUCGGCGUUUGGCACCAUCGCUACGAUGGCGGACCGCCUUUCGCUUGUCCCUGCGAUCAAGAAUCGCGCAAACGAGAUUUAUAAGAAUCUGCUGGACAACAAGAAUCACAAGUCUAGCCGGGGAAAGAGCGACGCCGUGCUCGCCGCCUGUCUGUUCGUCGCUUGCCAGGAGGAAAAACUACCGCGAACACUGAAAGAAGUCUGCUCCGUCGUCGCUCCCGGAACGACGAAGAAAGACAUAGGGAGGGCUAAAUUGUUCAUAAUGCAGCACCUGAAAAACGAUGAGGAUGAUAAUAAUAAUGAUAAUAAAACUAACGACAUUAAUAACAAUAACAGGGUGAUAAGUGCUACUGAUUUUGUUAGGAGGUUUUGUUCAAACUUGGGAACUAUGGAUCACCGUGCUGUGAAGGCGGCAUACGAGGCGGUCCAAACCUCAGAGGAGGAGAUCGACGUAAGGAGGAGUCCAUUAUCGCUGGCGGCCGCUGUGAUAUACAUUGUUUGCCAGCUAAUUGAAGAGAAGAAACGGCCCUCUUUAAGAGACAUUGCUGUUGCUACUGGUGUUGCUGAGGGGACUAUUAAGAGUGCAUUUAAGGAUCUUAGGCCUCAUCUUAGUAAGAUUGUUCCUAGCUGGUUCGCCUCUGGGGAUGAAUUGAAGAAUGUGUGCACUCUUUAGAUGAUGAUGAUGAUGAUGGAGAUUGUUCCUAGCUGGGAAAUCAAGGCCAUGAAAUUCAAGAAGAAUGAAUUGGAAUUUUUUUGGGGGGGUGGGUUUGGUGGACUGCACACAAGUCACAACCAUAUUAAUUUUGUUGUUUUUGGUAGAUAGUUGGAGUGGUUUUGGUAGUAGUAUGUUAACAACUGUGAAAAAGAACACACAAUUUUGCAAUUGGUUUAUUAUUGUUGUGAAUUCAAUAUUAAACAUACGGAGAUAAAGUGA